AUGCAAAUCAAUAAAGAAAAUGGCGACUUGUCAGAUAACAUGGCGACAACAGUAAGGCGAAGAUUUCACAGCCGACACGGAAAUCUUGUUUUACUGACCAACAAUAGCAGGACGGCGAGUAGGAAUGAGCCGAGACAGGAAUUCAAUAAUGGUCUUGUGAUAAGUAAAACUGUAUUGAAAGAUAACGAGAUAUUUGAAGUCAGUAUCGAUAAAAAGGUUGAAACAUGGAGUGGAUCAAUUGAAGUCGGCAUUACAUCACUGGAUCCAGGAAAUCUUGAGUUUCCAACCAGCGCCACUGGACUCAGUGAGGGAGCUUGGAUCUUGUCUGGCUCUACGGUACUUCACAAUGGUGAAGCUAUUCUUGACGAGUAUGCCUGUGAUCUGGACUCGUGUUGCAUCGGAGAUCACAUCGGUAUUCAAAGGACACAGAACGGAGAGCUUCAUAUUUUCCACAAUGGCGUCGACAAGGGCGUAGCUGCGUCUGACCUGCCAGCCAGGGUGUAUGCUGUGGUUGACCUGUACGGCAAAUGCACACAAGUGACACUGAUUCACACUGCAAAUAUGGUCCCCAACAACAACGAGAAUUCGUCAUCGAGCGAGGCAGAAAGCGAUGAUAACCAUGGCAACAGAGAGGAGGAUGAGGACACAGAGGUUGAAGAGGUUGAGGAUGUAGUUGUUGCCGUUGACAACGCAUCAGUGUCGUUGCCCUCCAAUGAUGCACUCCUGUUUCACAGGCGUCAUGGUACACUCAUCUCGAUCAUAAACAAUGGAAGGACGGCGGAGCGAGGCAACGCUAGGGACGAGUUCAACAAUGGCGUUGUCAUGACAAAUAGACUCUUGAGGAGUAAUGAGUUAUUCGAGAUCAGAAUAGACAAACUGAUCGAUAAGUGGUCGGGAUCAAUUGAAAUCGGCGUCACGACUCAUAACCCGGACACGUUAGACUUCCCGUCCACUAUGACGAAUCUCAGAUCAGGUACUAUAAUGAUGAGUGGUUGUGGCAUUCUCACCAAUGGUAAAGGCACCACCAGGGAGUAUGGAGAAUUUGACCUCGAUGACCUUGCAGAAGGGGAUCGUAUCGGGGUCAUGCGCAAAGCCAACGGUGAUCUUCACUUCUUCAUCAACGGGCGGGACCAGGGACGAGCUGCCUCCAAUGCCCCGCAUAUUAUAUUUGGUGUCGUUGACCUUUAUGGAAUGGCGGUUAAGGUGACCAUUCUGGAGUGGAUCCCGCCAGCUGCCCACGCCAUGGCAAGCUUUAUUGAUCACAGAGUCCCUCGUCUCAGCUACCUCAGAUCGUUAGCUCAACAAGAACUGCCAAACGUCUUUGAAGCUGGUGCGUGGGAAUGGACAGAUAAACCUCACUUCCAUGAUACUUGUGGUAUCCAUGCCCAGGUGAUCAAUAAUGGACUGACAGCCCAUCGACCAAAUGCAAUGGACGACUUCAACAAUGCAGUGGUGCUGACAAACCGUCCCAUACAGACAGACGAGAUGUUUGAGAUACGUAUUGAUAGAAUAGUAGAUAAGUGGGCUGGCUCUAUUGAGAUCGGACUCACAAAACACGCACCACAAGAACUAGAUUUUCCGUCCACGAUGACAAACAUCCGUAGUGGGACGUGGAUGAUGACAGGGAAUGGUAUCAUGCAUAACGGCAGUCCCAUCAUAGAUGAGUAUGGCCUCAACCUGGACAGACUCAGGGAGAGGGAUAGAAUUGGCGUCAUGAGGAAACGUAAUGGUGACCUCCACUUCUACAUUAACGGGGUGGAUCAAGGCAUAGCUGCAACCCAUGUCCCAUCAAAUCUCUUUGCUGUGGUGGACCUUUAUGGGCAGGCAACACAAGCAACUAUUGUGCAGCCUGGUGACUACCAAGUGGAAUCUCCUGGCAUACGCAUCCCGACGGACGACGGCACCCUGCGCUUCUACCACCUACAUGGCCGCAACGUCAAGAUCAGUAAUAACGGUGUGAGGGCCCUUCGGCCCAGCGCCACCGGGGAGUUCAACGACGCAAUCAUCAUGAGUAACAGAGCACUGAGGGACGGGGAGAGAUUCGAGAUUGUUAUCGAGAAGAUGGUGGACAGAUGGUCCGGCUCCAUCGAAGCAGGAGUUACAACCAUCUCACCCGAAGAGCUUGACUUCCCAAGUACAAUGACUGACUUGGACCACGAUACCUGGAUGCUGAGUGGAGCGGGCGUAAUGAAAGAUGGUCUAAUGUUGAACAAUUCCUAUGGGUUGGACCUGGACACUCUACACGAGGGGAGCAGAAUCGGCAUUGUCCGUCUGGACGAUAAUACGCUUCACUUCUUUCUGAAUGGACAGGACAUGGGAAUCGCAUGUACUGAUGUACCAUCCGAUGUGUACGCAGUGAUUGACUUGUAUGGUCAGUGUGCCCAAGUAUCGUUGGUCCCGCCGACUGAGCUGGAUAACCAUUUACAGCAUAUGAACUCCAGGACAGAUUCGCAUGGCUCUGUCAUAGCAGUGCCAGGUCUACUCCAUAAGUUCCAUACAGUAUGUGGAUCCAACAUACAUCUCUCUGAAGACCUUGCCGUCGCUAGCCGGGUGAGAACCUUCGAUCAUGCUGUCACCUUCAGCAGUAAACCACUACGAUCUGAAGAACUCUUUGAGGUCAAAGUUGAAAAGAUUGCCAGUCAAUGGUCAGGUACCCUUCACAUAGGGUUAACGACCCUCAACCCCGACGACAUCUCUGAGGGUCAGAUGUCAUUGCCGGUCACUGCAAACUCCUUGAGGUCAAAGGACACGUGGAUUGUCCAGGGGUCACAGGUCAAACACAACGGGCAGAUCGUUAAGGACAACUAUUCGUCGGCACUGGAGAGAUUAGAGGUUGGAGACACUGUAGGAGUGAAGCGAUAUCCAGACGGAUCAAUGCAUGUCUUUCUAAAUGGAGAGAAUCUGGGUGUGGCUGCGCUUGAUAUACCAAAGACGAUACACGCUAUUGUGGACAUUUACGGCAUAGUAGAAUCUGUGGGGAUAACCAGCUCAGCAGUCAUGUCAUUGGAGAGCAUUAAACCACCGUCCAUUUCAUCAAGCAGUGAAGAAGAAUCAGACAAGGAGGGAGAAUCCACGUGUUCCAUUCCCGUCCAUCCGAUCCACUUCCAUAAUAACCACGGGAAGAACAUCGGUCUGUGCAAUGAGAACAUGACGGCCAGUCGAACAGCGAGCUACAAUCAGGCGGUCGUCAUCAGCGACUGCCCCUUACCAAGAAGACAGCUGUUCGAGGUGAAGCUUGAGAAGGUUACAGACGAGUGGACGUCCUCUGUUAAGAUUGGCGUGACCAGUCAUUCCCCUGAUAGGUUGGGCUUUCCAGCAUCGGCGUCAAAUAUCAAACGAGGGACAUGGAUCGUUCAAGGGGAUGCAGUGUUCCAAAAUGGCCACAAGGUGAGAACGUUCAACGGACCCAACCUAGACCAACUAAAGGAAGGAGAUACUGUAGGUAUCAUGGUGGAUGGCCAGAGUAAUCUACAUCUCUAUGUAUAUGGUAGAGACUGCGGCAUCGUCGCUGAUCAUAUACCCAACCCCUGCUAUGCGCUGGUGGACCUCUAUGGGCAGUGUGUUGAGGUUUCCAUAGUAACAGAAGAACUUGGGGCAGCUGGUGUGCCAGAAGAAAAAGAGAAGGCGUCCUUUGAAAAUGGUUUGAAGGAGAACACUCCAAGGUCACUGUUCCCCAUUGGAGGUAACGGACGGGUGUGUGAAUACCAAAACCUCUGUAUCCGUUUCAAAGCCACACUAGGCUUACCCGAUGCGUACUUUGAAACCAAUCCAAAGUUCAACAAGUGCUACUGUGAUCCUUGUCGGAAGUACCAGGGCACCAGUGAGUAUGGGGACCAGGGAGAUCCACUGCAGCGGUACACCCGCCCGUUUGGAUGGUGCAAAUUUGCAAUCAAACUACACUGUAGAGCGGAGACUUUGAAUGUGUUUGAUAUGUGGCAUAUGGCAUACCAUGGAACGGUGCUUGGAGCCGUCAGAAAAAUUCUCGACAGUGGAAUGCUACUUCUACCUGGUGAUAUUACGCUCGGUGGAGGGUCACCGACGGAACAAUCCAACCAUUUGAACGAAGACGACACCCACAAACCCAAAGACUUUGACACCAAACAGAUCUUUGUUUCUCCAUCCAUGAAAUACGCUGGCUGUAACGUCUACUCAAGACAACAACAGUUCACUGACCCGAAGACGAAGCGUGUGUGUACGGUCAGCGUGGCCUUCCAGGUGCGAGCUCGGCCCAAUAGUUACACAAUGGGUCCCCAGACGAUAGGGGUCAACCACAGCAUCGACCCUUACAUUGAAAACAGCAAAAUAGAAUGGUUUACAAAGGAAAGAUCGGCCAUCGUACCGUGCGCAUUGCUUAUUAGAGUAGAAUAACACUGCCCGUAUUGUUAUGGUGCUAUUUAUUUGUUCAUAUAUAUGUAUAUAUAUAUAUUGUACAUUUGCUCUUUUUGUUUUUUUUAAUUGGGCUUGUUUUAUUGCUUUAGGGUACUACAGAGUGGAAUGAGGUUAUGGCAAUAUGUUUGGACAGUAAAUAAUGAUCAUGUGUGUCGGGGUCAACAAAAAUACCUAGAUAUUCUAUUUCUCUUCGAGAAUGUCAACUAAUUUGUAAGCGAAAUUUGUCUCUCUGCUGUAUUUAAAGGAACGUUACAGAAUUGGUAAGAAACAGAAAUCAUGAAGAUCACAGAUUUACAUGAAACUUACACGG